AUGUCGAUACUGAUUAAGUGUGCCGCCGAUCGAGAAGCCGGCCGAGGAGCAUCUAACGGUAGCGCCACCUCGAUGGAUACAUUCGUGACAGCCCGAUGGGAAGCGGCUUCAUCGUAUGGUGGUGUCAGCAGCAACGCAGACUACCUGUCCAUACGAUCCGAUCCAUCAUGGACACAGAAGACCCGCACCUUCCGUCCGACAACUCCGUCUAAACCGCCCUCUUUCUCCAAGCGCAGCCAAGUUCUCCACUGGAGCGCUUGUUUACGUAAUGCGCAACUCACUGUAUCGAAAGUGCGUAAAAUCAAGGAGAGCGGAGCGGAAAGUGCUAGCUGA